AUGAAGUUCCUUAAGGUCGGCCGUGUCGCCAUCAUCAGCCGUGGCAGAUAUGCAGGCAAGAAGGUCGUCAUCAUCCAGCCCGUCGACCAGGGCACCAAGUCCCACCCCUUCCCUCACGCCCUCGUUGCCGGCAUUGAGCGUUACCCUCAGCAAGUCACCCGCCGCAUGUCCAAGGGUCGCCAGGCCAAGCGCUCAAAGGUCAAGCCUUUCAUCAAGGUCGUCAACUACAACCACAUCAUGCCCACUCGCUACACUCUUGAGCUCGAGGGCCUGAAGGGUGCCGUCACCAACGACACCUUCAAGGAGGUUUCGCAAAGAGAGGAUGCCAAGAAGAACAUCAAGAAGGCCCUCGAGGAGCGUUACCAGAGCGGCAAGAACAAGUGGUUCUUCACCCCUCUCAGUAUGAUGACUCUCUGUCCACCUCGUCUCCGGCCAAACGACUAA